AUGCCUGGACUCCUGGGUAACAGCAGUUCAUAUGAACAGGCUGCUGCAUAUUAUGCACCAGAAUCCAUUGUCUCCAUGGCUAUCUUCAUCAUCGUUUUCAUCGUAGGUAUCCCAGGCAAUGGACUGGUAAUCUGGGUAGCUGGUCUGAAAAUGAAAAGGUCUGUGAACAUUGUCUGGUUUCUAAACCUUGCCGUGGCUGACUUCAUGUGCUGCCUGUCCUUGCCAUUUUUCAUUGUUCACCUGGCCCUCCAUGAACACUGGCCGUAUGGUUGGUUCCUCUGCAAAGUCAUUCCAUCAGUCAUAACGUUCACUAUGUUUGCUAGUGUCUUCCUACUCAUGGCCAUCAGCAUUGACCGGUGCCUCCUCGUGAUGAAACCUAUCUGGUGUCAAAAUCAUCGAACGCUGAAAUUUACAUCACUAAUAUACAGUGGCAUUUGGAUCCUGGCCUUCAUUUUCUGCUGUCCUGUCUUCCACUACCGUGAGACUAGCACUCAUGAUGGCAAAAUUGAGUGUGGAUACAAUUUUGGAGGUGACGAGGGGGUAGAUUACAUAGAUGAAUACUCACCUUUAGCCUACAAUGGUAAUGACUCAUGGGUAAAUUUCUAUGAUGAAAAUGAUUAUUCUGUAUCCCUUGCCUUAGUGGUAAUAAAUAUCACUAGGGCUGUCUUUGGCUUUGUACUCCCCUUUGGCAUAAUGGCAGUUUGCUAUGCCCUUAUUGCUUUCAGAAUGCAUGCAAGUCAGUUUCACAAGCCACGCAACAGGACGCUGCGAACAAUUGUGCUCGUGGUAACUGCAUUCUUUAUCUGCUGGGCUCCAUAUCACAUAGUUGGGAUUCUGUCCCUUGUACCUACUCUUGGAACAGGACUGAAGGAGUCAUUGAUCCUCUGGGAUCACCUCUCUACAGCACUUGCAUAUGCCAACAGCUGUAUCAAUCCCUUGCUCUAUGUUUUUGUGGGACGGGACUUCAGGGCAAAGGCACAGCAAUCAGUGCGUGGAAUCUUGGAAGGUGCCUUUAGUGAGGAACCAACACGUUCGAUCCCGUACUCCCUUGACAGAAGCAAGACUUCAACAGAGAAGGACAUUAGCAGUGCAGUGUAA